GCACUCCUAAAAGCUUUCGUCAGUUCCUAGGGAGCGUAUAAUUCGUGAACCCCCACAAGAUAAUGAAAGUGAAAUACACUCCCCCUCCCCCAGAUUUUCCACAGCUAUGUCUUCCCAGGUCUAUAGUGACUGUCGUAAGUUUACAUUCUUUAAUUAUGUAUUUGUACUCUGGGAGAGAUAUUUAUCAGUCAAUAUGUUGUCACUUGUCAUAUCCGCCUCCAUUAAGGGGGGUCCAGGCUGUGGACGUGAUAGACACUCGAUCGGCAGUGUCAUACAAUCCCGUGGCUCAUGCGGUGGAUAUUUCAUGUUUUUUUUUAAAGAUCACACAUUGAUUUUAAAAAGAUAAAGAUUACUAAUACAGCUCAAAUAUUGGGGAAGCUUGUCUACCUGGGAAAAUUCAGAACAUUUCACUUUUUUGGAUAGAGUACUUCAAGAGAUUGUGGAACUCUUCAAAUAGAAUUACAUUUGGUGUUUUCUUGUUUCUCAAUCAUCACUAAACCCCUGCCUAACCAUUUCAGAAAUAUCUUCAUAAGAAACUACACAGAUUUCACCAAAACGUUCAGAGUACUACAAAUGUGCAGGCAGUUUUCAGCAUGGAUUACGUUACCUUUUCUUUAUUAAAUUGCUGGUUUAUAAAGGCUGCGAAGAACGCAACAUAUUUAUUAUGACACACAUUAAAAAACCUAGAGUUCAGGUAAUAUAAACAUUAAAAGGAACAAAAUACUGAGGUCUUGUACUAUCACUCAAGACAGGACAGUGAAUAAUUUUGAACCAAACAGUUGUAAGGCAGAACUUAACAAUGAGGACUGUCAAAAAACUGAGAUCUAAAAAGGUCCCAGCGACCCUGGAACUGAAAGGGAUCACAACGAACAACAAGCCUGAUUCCUUCCCUUACUCGGGGAUGAGGAUCAUGGGCGCCAUCCAGAUUAGCACGGGCGUCUUGGCCUUUAUCUUGGGUAUCGUUGACCUGAUCAUGACACUUUCAUCAUACGACGCCGACACCAAGAAGUAUGGAGACAAAUACGACAAGGUGGCCUCCAUGACCUUGGCCUGCUCUCCUCUGUGGUGCGGAAUUUGGUUUGCUGUAACUGGAGGUAUGGGAGCUUGUAUCACUCGACACAAAUCUCAGUCUCUACAUUUUUUGAAAAUUGCCUUUUUAAUUCUCAACUUGCUCUGUUGCGCUGUUUUUGGCCCUGCAUGCAUUUUUAUAAACGGAUUUAUCUCAUAUACACGGCGUACAGAGUUUAAUUGUGAUUUUCAAUGGAUUAUCACCCUCGUCAUUGCAUUUCUUGGAGUUCUAGAGAUUAUCAUGGCCACUGCCAGUGCCUCUGUCACCUGCUGUUGCUCGCCAUUAAAUGCAGGCCAGGUGAAUGUUCUGGUACAUCCAAAAGAUCUGAACGGCGGUCAUUUAGUGAUGGAAAGAGAGUCCACAGAACUAACCAAUAUUUCUUCAGGGUCCGAAGAGGAAAAAAUAGAUGAUCGGAGGAAUUAUCGGAGGAAAAAACAGAUUCAAACCCAGACUGACCUUUAUCGUCAGAAACAGAUCGAAACACAGACUGACCGUCAAAUUCAAAGGCAAAAAGAAACACAGACAGACCGGCUCAGUCCUGAAAUCAGGCCCAAUGAAAGAACAAACAACCACAAAAGUAUCAACCACGGCCACAAAAAUACGCAGACUGUCACUCCGGAAAUUCAUGCGGAGACCCAUCCGAAGCCUUACGCCUCCUUUCACACGUCGACGCCCCUGAGUAAAAUGUUUGAGACUAGCUCUUCGCAGAGAACUCCAAGGGUGGAAGUCGAUGUGCCUAUUUACAACACGUUUGGGGACUCUACCGGGCACCCCAAACAGCAGAAAUGGGCAGUUCCCCCUUGGUAGUUACUCACAUGUUUUUGAAACACAAAACUCAAAAUAACGUUUUGGAAAGCUACGAAGUUUUCUUACAACAGAAUGAAACCUCGUUCGUUGCUCUCUUACUGACAGGAGUAACUGUGUCCUACAGUGAAAAGAAGCCAAGGAUCUAAGAUUCCAAAAGAAUACAUUUUUUUAAAGGAAUGUUAUAAGAACAAUUUAUCAUUUUGUCUAUAUCUGAAAUGGCCACAGCUUUUGGUAUGUCCAAUUACCCUUUUAUCUAUACUAUAAAGUAGAAAGUAAGGUGUAUGUAUGUAUGUUUGUAUGUAUGUAUUUAUGUUACGAAUAGAAAUCAAAACCCACUGACAAAUCUUGAUAAAACUUGGCAGAAAUGUUCCUAGAGUACUAAGUUAGACCGUAGUAUAUGUAUUGUGGCCCUAAAACAAACUUAAGACCCUCAAAAAAAUAAAAUGGUUUGACAAACUCUAUGAAAGCAUUAUAACUUCAUAGAUCUAGGUUAUGUUUACCAUAUUUACAUGAAAAGAUCGAAAGGAUCUAGAUCUAGAUCUAAUUUUAGAAACUUCACAUUGCGCAGAUAGUUAUUUACUUUGACACAAAAAAAAAUACAAAAUAUAGUCUAUUGAUUUCAUUAUGUAAUAUGAUUAAGCUUCAAAUGUUUGUUCCAAAUGCAUUUUUUCAUAAAUUCGUUCCUUAUAUCUGCGAAUUUAGAAUUCCUGACGAACAUUUCUGAUUAGACAUUACGCGAAAUGUUACACAUUUCUCUAUUCCUAGGUCUAAAACUCUAAUUCCACUCUAAGAUGAUACAACUUCUCUUCUCAAAGAUAGUUUUAUAAUUGAACACAUGAACAUAUUAAUUAUAGUCCAUUCAUUUCAUAUUUUAAUCAAAUUGACAUUCAAAUUUGUUUUUCUAAAGCAUUUUUUAGAUAGGUUUACAUUCGUUCGCCAAUGUUUUCAUAAAAAAUUGAAUUCAGGUCAAUUAGCUAUUUUUAGCUCCAUUCAUAAUAUUUUUUUAUUCAUGAAUUCAUGCAUUGCAUAUUUACUUAUAACAUUAUUAUUUUCUUUAAUUGUUUCUAAUGCACAAUAUCAGUGACUAUAUCAGCAAUACGCGAGUUAAGACCUGCGGGCAGUGGGUAAUAUCUGUCUAGUAUAUAUAUUUCAUAUUGACAUUACUUAUUUUUUGGUUUAUCUUUCAAAUUGCAAUGUAAUGUAAAUUCUUUGAUCUUCUGAAAGAUCAUUUUUAUGGAAACAUUGUUCUUAACCGAUACUCUGCAUCACAUUACACUCUUAAAAAUCUGAAUUACAUUAUAUCGUGUGUGAAUGCACAGUGUUGCCUUUGUUAGUUUCAAGUAAUAUGUUGAAACGCAAUGGAGGUGUCAUUUACUUGACAGAUAGACUACUAUCACAAUACACUUACACACAGGGAAUGAUUGCCCACUUCAAAAAGGUCUUACAUUUUUACUUUAAAGUUAUGUCAGCUUAUUAAAUAUUUUGUACGACUCAGACUUAUUUAUUUUAUAAUUUUUUGACACAUUUGACAAUUACUUGAAGCUUGUAUGUUUUGAAAGUUUAUAUUUUAUAGAAAUGUUUUUUUUUUAUUCUGCAAUGUUUUAAUUUUGUUUCUGUAAAUAAUAUGAUAUUAUACUAUUUGUCAUAUUAUGAUAAUUAUCCCAUUUUUAUGGCUGCAUUCUGUGAUAAUAUAAUGGUAACGAUUUAUACAUCAAAAGAUUUUUACAUGUUAUAACAUUUAACUGUAUUUUGUAAAUUUUGCGUUUAUGCAAUGCAUGAAUUUUAAACAAAUUUGUUCCUUUCAAAAAAUCAUUUGUAUCUGUUCUAUUCCUACAAUAUAUCUAUAGCGGUUAAAGAUGCAAUGAAGAACUUUAUAACAGAGGAUUGUAGUAAUAAAGUUCAUCAAGGUAAUCUUCACUUGUUAUACUUUUUGAAUUUACACUUGGUGCUACAAGACUGCGAGCUUAACACUCUGAUUCUGCAAUUCUAAUAAGUGCUCUAGAGUUAUUACUGGCUUUUAAAAAUAAAUAGCUUCUUAAUUUUUCCGACAUUCUGUACAUCAGAUGCACCAAAAAUGUAGCUCUUUACAAGAUUUAUCUCCCAUAUAUGACAAUCAUUUAACGAGAAGAAAGGCUAUCAGUAAUAAAAAUGGCAUCAAUGACAACUCUUAAAGUUGAUCCUAUCACAGACUUUAUGGUAUCAUGCUGCAUUCUAUUGUUAAUCUCUCUUUCUCUCCCUCUUUCUCUCUGCUUUUUCUAAUUCUCCCUUGCUCUCUCCCUUUCUCAUUUUCUUCCUUUAUAUAAUCUCUGUCUUUAUAGGCGUCAUCUGAUGUCAACUAAACUUUAAGUUGGUGAAUCUGUGAUUUGUUGGUUUGAAACACGUCGUCUUUGCACUUUUUUGUUUUAUCUGUUUGUUUGCAAAGAAUCAAAGGGUUUAAAAGAUAUUUUUUAUUGCUUCACUUUACACUACAUAUUAACAAUUGUAUUAUUAAUAAUGAUAAGUUAUCUUUGUAAAUUUUAAACAUAUUUUUUUUCGAUUUAUCAGCCUUUUUUUAUUACAAUGUUUGAAGUCCAAAGAAAACAAUCCUAAUAUUUUA